AUGAAUACAUCGAAGUGGCUGCCCAAGCAGCACCAAGAGGUGAUCAAACUGUUCGAGCAAUCGCGCCAGCUGGAACGGGAACUCCGGAUAUUGGGCAAAAAGUUUGCCACCGAUAUUAACAUCGAUCUGCCGGACUACUAUGAGUUCGAACGGUUGCUACAACAAAGUCGUGAAGCCUUCGAACGGUCGGCCCACGUGCAGACACGCCUGAUACGGAUGUCGGCCUCGUCGGCGGACAAGAACGUCGAGCGAAGCUUCUUUAAGACACUGCUCAAUCGGAAAGCACACCUGAUACGACAAAACCUGCGGAAACGCAACUUCCAGUUGAUUUUCAUCAUCAACAAAAUGAUCAAACUAAUGCUGGCGGCAACGUACAGCUCCGAGGUCGUGGUCGACGGAGCGCUGUUGCUGUGUACGUUGCACAACGAGAGCGUAAUCCUGGCGCAAAAGACAACACAGGCCCGGACGCAAACCAAUGCUCAGGUUUGCAGCAACUCUUUUCCUUCGCUAAUGUCAGCCCCGAAGAAGAUGGACGUCGGGAUGAUCCUGCAGAUCAUUACGAAGCAGCGAGCCGAGGAGUGCUGCAGUACGCUAAUCAACUGCCUUCUGACCACGUGCAAGGGUGCGUUGGCGGUUACGCACGAGGACAACGAAUCGGAUACGUCGAGCGUGGAAAUUCUGCGAGCCCUAACCACCAACCUACAAGGGCCCGACGGACGCCACAUCGAUCCGAUCCAGGAGGAGAUGAAUAUUCGGCGAAAGACGAGUGUGAAUAUGAUCUCUAGCGGCGAUAUUCACGCACGACCGAAAGCGACCCCCGGACGGGAGGUUUUCGUGACGCCCAUCAUUCGUCCGGAAGCUCGCGAACUGGACGACACGGAACACAAUGAUCCGGCGAUAAACUUUUUCAACGAAAUGGCCGCCGAAGCGAUAGCGUACAAUUCGAUCAAUUAUCUCGUCAACGAACCGGAUGGGAUGGACUUGUUGGAAAAUCUGAUUGCCGACGAGGAGAUAUUUGUGGCGAAUGUGAUCAUGAAGGUGAUCAAGUUCUGUCCGUCCGCAUUCGAUCGUGAGCUCAAAAAGUCGGAGCUCGUCAAGUGGGUCAACCGGGGCAGCCGCGGUCUUUGGACGCAGAUCGGUGGAACGCUCGAGCAUGUGGUGCUCUGGUGGAGCUCCUCUCCACUCGCUUGCAGGCCUCCGGCUUGUGCAAAGUAUCUACGGGAAUGGCUAUCGCUGCUGCAGCUGGACGAAGCUCCGGAGCCAAUACUCUCCACGCUGAAGGGUCUGGGAGAAACGCUGACGGUCCACGUAACCAGCACGAUCUGGGAUAAGCAGUUCCGGUUGGCCGUCGUCGCGUCCAGUCUCCCGGUGGAUUAUCCGUUCGAGGAAAGCGAAUUCUGUGGGAAAAGCACAACGAUUGAAGGAACGGUGUGUGGUAAAGUGUGGAGUGAAUUACUAUACCAGCUGGUACAACUGUCCAAUACUUGCGACAUCGGAACGAUCGCUAAUGAGCUGCCGUUGGUCGAACAAAUUCCGGUGCUUCACCGGCUCGAUCACUCCAUCCAUUCGAUGCGCAUCUGGGCGGCCAACAGGGCACGUUCGCUGUGCACCGACUGGAAUAUGAUGAUGUUUUUCAAAGUGGUUCACAACGACAUCGGACUGUGUCUCGAGCAAUUACACUACAUCCGUGUGCCGGAACUGGCAGCUGAUGAUCCACUUGAGGUGCAGGUGCAAGUUUGCGUGGCUUUGCGAGCCAAGCUCGUGUCGGAGAUUAAGGACAACAUCAUCAAACUGAAAGCGACCUGCACCGAGUGCAUUGACGUUCUAGCUGCUGUUUGUCGCACGACGAGUCUGGCUUCGCUGACGCUCUGCUUUCCCCAUUUCAAACACUGGCAGACGGAGGUUUUGCAGGAGCGUGCCAACGAGUACGUGGCUUACUUCUUCAACCAGAUCUAUUUGCCCGUCAUUCAGGCCACGAAGGACAUCGAGAUCCUUAAGCUGACGCUUAAGAUCAUCUGCGAAGCGUGGCUGGACCAUAUCUAUAUGAAGAAGACCCGGUUCAGCAGCUCCGGUGCACUCAACCUGCUGAAGGACUUUGACGGCGUGGCGGAGUGGAUAAACGCUUGUACCACGCUGGACGAACGAAUACGAGACACCCUGUCCCAUCACGAGGUGCUGCGAAUGUGCGAAGGCGUGGGAAAGCUACUACUACGAAAACCGGAGGAAACCAUAUCCAUUCUGCCAAGUCCGUCGAAACCGGGCAAGAAGAUUGAUGAAACUGCCGACGAAAAAGCGCCACUGCCACCGGAAAUGUUUGUUCCGAAUCAGAAACGCUGGUUGGAGCUGCGUGCUCGCGAUCGCAAGGGGGUCAAUCUGAAUUGCCUCUGCCUGUGUGCUGGUAUGGACGUUUACUAA